AUGCCAAAGCAAGAUUUCAACCCACUCGACUACACCGGACCAAUUGUCGUUGGAGCCAUCUUUUGUGUUACACUCUUUCUGAUCUCAUUCUUCGUGAUCAACUUCUUCUGUAUCACCAAAUACGACGAUAUCACCAAGUUUGAAUUGAUGGGUGGUAAAUACGGUUGGCGUCUUGGGCCACAUCCACUUGUCAUUGUCAAGAAAGGAGGAUUUGUUGCUGAGGAAGACGUCGACGAUGCUGAGAGUGUCUAA